AUGGUAAUUGAUUACAACGAAAACAACUGUUUGGUUAUAGAUAAUUGUGUAAAUUACUCCUUUGAUGAUUGUAUAAAAUGCUCAAACACAUCUCAUUAUGUAAUACAACACAACCAGUGUGUAUUGAGUGAAAUACCUAAUUGUACAAUAUAUAAAUAUACAAAUUGUGUUAAAUGUAUAGAAGGGUAUCUGUAUUCUGAUGGAAGUUGCAAAGAAACAAAUUUUUAUAAUUGUGAGAAAGCAAAUGGAGUGUCGUGUAUUAAAUGUCUCCCUUCCUUUUACAGAGAAAAAACUGUAUAUUGUACUUCAGCUACUAAUAAUUCGAAAUACAUUACAAAGUCACAAGACAAUCAAAUUACAAUCAGAGAAUGUUCAAAUAAUUUUAUUCUGUAUGAUAACACAUGUUCAUCUCAAAUUAAAGAUACAACGAUGUCAAAAGAAGAAAUACAAAAUGUAUGUAAAACGACAACAUUGAAAGGAUGUUUAAGGUGUUCAGAUGGGUAUUACUUGACUGUAACUAAUUUGUGUCUUCCAUGUCAAAACUCUGAGUCUGAGUGCUUAACAUGUAAAAGUUCGACAUAUUGUCUCAUUUGUAAUUUAACAACAUCAUUUCUGAAUGCAAAUAACAAGUGCGAGCAAACAACUGAAUUGUCGAAGCGAUGCCAACAGAUGAUGCCGACAAACACGGGUUGUGAAAUAUGUAAAAAUAAUUAUUUCAAAUAUAACAACGAUUGCCUUGAUUGUGACGGAUCGUGUGAGACUUGUAUUGAUACCACAAAGUGUUUAUCAUGCAAAACUGAUUACUACCAAAUUGUUAGUGAGUCUUAUAUAUGCCAGAAAUAUAGCACUUUAUACAACUGUACAAUCAAGACUCAGAGUGGGUGUGUUGGAUGUGAAGACGGGUUUUAUUUGGGAACUGCAAUUCCACGGUGUUACAAGUGUUCAAUCAAUUGUUUAAAAUGUUAUUCGGAAGUAUCUUGUUAUACUUGUCACGACAAUUUCAUUCUCAAAAACAGUGUGUGUCGUCCACUUAAUACAGUCAAUUUUUGUGUAUCAGCAACAAACAACUUCUGUGUAAAAUGUGACAACAAACACAAAAUUUCGGAUGAUGGACUUACUUGUUUGAAAGACAAGAAAUACUUUUUAAAAAUCGGAGUACCUGUUAUUGUCAUUGCUAUUUUUCUAAUUGUUAUGGUGAUACUCAUUAUAUAUUUAACUAAUCAUAUUUACCACAGAAAAAAUGUUAAAGAGUUAAAAAAUAAAAUUUGUGUGUUUAAUAUGAAUAAGUCGAAUAUACCAUUUACUGGUUUUAGUGAAUCUCUUUGUGUCAAUAAAAGUGUCUUAAAAUUUGGAGAAGAAUCAAACGAAAACAAUGAAAUAGACGUUGACAAAGAGACGCGUACACUUUUAUGUGUUGGGAAUACAUCAAAAAAUAAAUUGAAGAUUCAAAUCAACGUAAUGAAUAAUACAGACUUAUACUGCAUAAGAACAGUCCCCUCACUUGUCACACUCAAGAAAAACGAAGCGUGUGAAUUUGAAGUGUUUUUGAAACCAAUAUGUACAUGUCAGAUUGAUGACAAAAUAGCAUGUAUAUCACUUGAUAUUUAUGAAGGAAAAGAAGAAGUCAAUUUUAUAAAAAUAAUAGCCAAAACAACAAUGACAACAAGACUUGAUUAUCACAAAUUGGUUGAAGACAAGAAACUUGGUGAAGGCUCUUUUGGAAUUGUUUUUAAAGGGACGUUUAGAGGGAAUAUUGUGGCAAUAAAAAAGAUGAAAAUUACAACAACAAACAAUGAAGAAAAACUCUUUGAUGAGUUUUCAAAGGAAAUUGAAAUGUUGGACAAAUUUCGAAGUGAAUAUAUCGUCCAUUUCUAUGGCGCAGUGUUUAUUCCAAAUAAAGUAUGUAUGGUCACCGAUUUUGCACAAUUUGGAAGUUUACAAAACUUGAUGAAAGACAAAAAGAGUGAUGAAGUUGAUAUGAAUAUCAGAGUUAAAAUGAUGAUAGACGCAUCAAAAGGAAUCGAAUAUCUACACGAGAAUGGGAUAUUACACAGAGACAUUAAGCCAGACAAUAUUCUUGUAUUUUUACUUGAUAUGAAUGACAAAAUCAAUGCAAAAUUAACCGAUUUUGGAUCGAGUAGAAAUGUCAACAUGCUGAUGACUAACAUGACAUUUACGAAAAUGUUGGAACUCCAAUUUACAUGUCGCCUGAGGUGUUAA